UGACUCAUAAAGGAGACAUAAAUACACCACCUGACAACCAAAACAAUAUAAAAUCACUCUCGAUGUUUGUGCCGUGUUAAGCAAGUCCAAAUUCCAGUAUUUAACAAUUUUCAAGUCAAAAUUAUACUGUUACCACAAUGCUUUCAAGAAUUUCGUCAAACAUAAUCCGAGCGAUCGCGCACCGUCCAACUCUGCAAGGACGGUUUUCCGGCACGAGGAAUGAAGAGAUAUCGCAUCCUCGGAAUGCUUCCUCUCCGCACGUCCAGGAGACUCCGAGCAGAACCAUGGGCUGGUGGCUGCCUCCGCCGCGGGAUGACGGAGAUUACGGCGAGGGCAACGUCUACGUCUCGAAGAUCCUCCUGGGGGAGGGUCACCGGUUCAAGUACGACGUAAGGCUUGAGGGCAGAGAGGUGGUGAUCACAGGGAAGGCCGUGGAGGCCACGGACACCUCGAGGGCAGAGUACUCAUACGAGCGCAGACAUCGGCUACCUGACGAGAUCGACCUGAACACUGUCAAGACGAAGGUCACCUCCAAUGGGAAUAUCGUCGUCGUCACGGCCAAAUUCAAACAGUAAAUUCCUGAAUUCCUUUUGAAAAUUAAAGAUGAUUCUUUACUCA